AUGCGUUUUCCAACCCCUCGGGCGACUGAGAAGCGCCGGCACAACUCGAGCGAAGUGGGUAACAGCAACAGCAGCAGAGCAGCAGCUGGUGCCACGAGGCCAGCGCAGUGUUGCGUGCAACCAGACAGACUCGAAAAGCUUGGAACGAGCAAGAGGGGCGAGAGAAGGCGGGAGAGAGGGCGAGAGAGAGAGAAGGAAGUCGAGCUAAUCGCCGGAAUCGAUCUAGGGCGGGCCAAGAAGUAUGGAGAAGACGAGCCAUUGGCCAAUCACAGGCGUACCAUUGCACUUGGCAGGGAAGCUUCUACCUCUUACAUCAUCCUCUCUUCCUUCUUCUUCUUCUUCUUCUUCUUCUUCUUCUUCUUCUUCAACAACACCAACAACACCAACAUCAUCACCCUACCGUCGUCAAACAUGAGGUCCUACGCUAUCAUCGCUGCCGUUGCUGGUGCCGCCGUUGCCCAGAACCUUGGAUCAUGUGCUCAAAUGUGCGCCGACAACAUGGCUCGCAUUGCCAACACCGAGUUCAGCUGUGGCGCCGGUGACCUGGCUUGCUUUUGCAACCAGUCCAACUGGGCCUAUGGCGUCCGCGACUGCUCUGCGCAGGCUUGUGGUGCUGAAGAGGCUGCUCAGGCCGUCACCUGGGCCGCUGGCCAGUGCAGCAACGCCGCUCCCUCUGGCUCAAUCCCUGCUGCUCUCCCCAUCCUGACCUCCGCCGUCGCUAGUGCCUCCGGCGCUGUUCCCUCUGCCACGGGAAGCGCUGCCAGCGGUAUGACUAGCGUUGCCUCGAGCCUUGCCAGCGAGGCCUCUGGUGCCACUGCCUCAGCAUCCAGCCUCGUCUCGUCGCUCAUGAGUGAUGCCUCUUCCGUCGCUGCCUCUGUCUCGUCUGCUCUCGAGUCUGCCCAGUCCUCUGCCAGCGAUGCCCUUGCAUCUGCCACCAACAGCAUCCAGUCCGAUGCCUCUUCCCGCAUCGCCUCUGCCACUGGUAGCCUCGGCUCCGCUGCCAGCAGCGCCAUUGCCUCUGAGACUUCGGCUGGUGGUGCCGCCAAGAUGACCGGCCUCCCCUUCGCUGGUGCCGCUGGUAUCGCUGCAUGGCUCCUUCUCUAA